AACAAAAAUUACCACAUCACUAAAUCCAGUUUAACAGACUUAAGUGGACCCAAACAUGUAAUUAGGACUCUCACGCUGUCUAUUUGUCACGUUCCUUCAUGGGGUGGGUGCCAAUGUUUGUAUCCCCCUAAAAAAUGUGGUACACAAAAAAACAAUUUCAUAGUUUUUCUUCCUCUCUUUCUCGUGAAUUUUUGGAUAAUUUUUUUCCAUUUUUUUCUUCAUAUUUUUAAUAAAUAAAAAAAUCUGUUUGAAAGGUUGUGAAAAAAUAUUAUUUUUUGAGAAAGAAAUAUAAAUAUUGUUCCUUUUUGCCUGUUCCUCUCUUUCGGUUUCUGUUCAUGUGUGUCGUAACAAAAGAGGAACACAAGCAGAAAUCUAAUCAUAGGAAAAACCAAAAACAAAACAAACAAAAAAAACUGAGAAAAAAAAAACAUAGCAUCAAGUGAAGCAGAGAAUGAAUGGAGUAACACACCUUGAAGAAGGUGACUCUGAGUUUGUUGAAGUUGAUCCAACUGGAAGAUAUGGCAGAUACAAUGAAAUCCUUGGCAAAGGAGCUUCAAAAACAGUAUAUAAGGCAUUUGAUGAGUAUGAAGGGAUUGAAGUUGCUUGGAAUCAGGUCAAGUUGUAUGAUUUCCUACAAAGUCCUGAAGAUCUUGAAAGGCUUUACUGUGAAAUUCAUCUUUUGAAAACAUUGAAACACCAAAACAUUAUGAAAUUUUAUACCUCUUGGGUUGAUACUGCUAAUAGGAACAUUAAUUUUGUUACUGAAAUGUUCACUUCUGGUACACUUAGACAGUAUAGGCAAAAGCACAAAAGAGUUAACAUAAGAGCGGUCAAGCAUUGGUGCAUACAGAUCCUGAGAGGACUUCUUUAUCUACAUAGCCAUGACCCGCCAGUGAUCCAUAGAGAUCUCAAAUGUGAUAACAUUUUUAUUAAUGGAAAUCAAGGAGAAGUCAAAAUUGGGGAUCUUGGUCUAGCCGCAAUUCUUCGGAAAUCUCAUGCCGCGCAUUGUGUUGGAACGCCCGAGUUCAUGGCACCAGAAGUAUAUGAAGAAUCGUAUAAUGAACUAGUCGACAUAUAUUCCUUUGGGAUGUGCAUAUUAGAGAUGGUCACAUUUGAAUAUCCUUAUAGCGAAUGCACACAUCCAGCUCAAAUAUACAAGAAAGUUAUGUCUGGGAAAAAGCCAGAUGCUUUGUAUAAAGUUAAGGAUCCGGAAGUGCGGCAAUUUGUUGAUAAAUGCUUGGCCACAGUGUCUCUAAGACUUUCUGCUAGGGAGCUUCUCGAUGACCCUUUUCUUCAAAUCGAUGAUUAUGAAUAUGAUUUGAAACCUGUAGACAGUGGAGAAUUUGAUGACUUUGGUCCCCUCUUCAGGCAGCCGCUCUACGAUCUUCAUCGAGGCUUUAGUAACUUCAGUAAUGAAUACUCAAAUGGCUGUGGUUAUGAAGGAGACUCGUAUGUGCAUCCGGCUGAUAAUGAAGUUUGUGGAAUUGAACUUUUUGAGCACCAUGAUGACGACGAACCCUCUGAACAUGUGGACAUAAGUAUCAAGGGAAAGAAGAAAGAAGACGGCGGCAUAUUUUUGAGACUAAGAAUUUCUGAUAAAGAAGGCCACAUUCGGAAUAUUUAUUUCCCAUUUGACAUAGAGCAGGACACAGCCAUAAGUGUGGCGACUGAGAUGGUUGGAGAACUUGACAUUACCGAUCAGGAUGUUACCAGUAUAGCAGAUAUGAUAGACGGGGAAAUCGCUUCCUUGGUACCUGAAUGGGAAUCCGGACCAGGAAUCGUCGAAACUCCCCGUUUUGCAAAUCAAGGUUUCUGCCGCAAUUGUGUGUCUAAUCAUACUUCAAGUGGCUCCCUCAUGGAGUUUCUUUCACAUAAUCAGGGUAACUUGCAACUUCCUGAAUGUUGUAAGCACGGAUGUGCUUCAAUGCACGGCCGGUUCGAGGAGAUUACGUUCCCAUCCGAGGAGUAUGACAAUCAUGUUAGAGAGAAUCUGAACAUAUCAAACCGAUCGGAUGGCUUGCAAUAUCAGGAGCUAUGGAAUCAGCAUGAAAGCCGUGAACUGAGUCCGAUAGAGUCAGAUCAAAGUCAUUCUGAUGAACAAAAUGAACAAAUAGAUAAAUCAAUAUUAGCUGAAGAUCAAGGACAGAAUGUUUGGGAAAAUAAAUUUCUUGUUAGUGCAACAAUUUCCCCGAGAUAUUCAUCAGGAACUCAUGAUUUCUCCAAUAUCCGAUCGCUAUAUUGUGGUCUUGACGAUGAUAAUGAGGUCCAAAAGGAACUGAGAUGGCUUAAAGCAAGAUACCAAAUGGAGUCAAGGGAACGUAAGGAUCGACAACUCGGGCUAACAGAUGAUAAAACUUCUCGUAGCGGUAACGGAGAGCACAUAACAGAUUAUGCCGUUCUGUCACUUUUAUUGGCAGAAACAUUAAACGGAGGUAACAAUGGGAUUGGCUUGAAACAUGUUCAUAAAAGCAGCCCCAAUUCGGACACCGUAAGGAACCAAAUUUGUGAGGCGAUGGAAUCCUCUGGUGGAGAAGGUAUGGUUACUGCAAAGAGUUUUUAUACUGGCUCGUUGCUUCCGCACUCUCUGCACAGGACAGUUUCUCUCCCUGUUGAUGCUGUUGAUAUAUAAUUUUCCUGAGGCUAUUAUUGAAUUCUUUUGUAGAUUAUACAGUAUACAUGAGUUUUCACAUAGAGGCUCUCUGUGUGCCAUUGAAUUAAGAUUGGAUGGCCGACAUUUUAAUUUUGCGUUUUGAACUUGAUUUACUGGAGUCGAAAUGCGAAUCAUUGAACCUAUA